AACUCUCCUAGUCUCCUAAUCUCCUUAAAACGUAUUGGUUUUUAAAGUUAAACUUGGUGAAACUGGCAUUGCGAACCGUCAGCUUAUCGCUUGUAAAGCAGCAAAAGUUCACAUUUUUGCUCAACUUUCGUUUUAAGAUUUGUUCAAUGUCAGUAAUGUCGACUUCGGACGCUCUGAACCCACGGGCUUCAGGGGAAUUCAUCGCGGACAACGCAAAAUUUGUCAAUAUUAAAGUCGAUGGAAUUUCUAAACUCGCAACUGUGGUCGAGGAGAGGCUACAGCUGAACGAGAUUUCCAUCAGAGGCUUUGCUGAGAGUCCUGUUCACCCCAAACCCAAAGAACCACAGUGUCUGGAUGCCCUUUUGGUCAUGGACGCACUUAACUUCAGCUUCUGGACGCCUGAUAACUUACCAAAAUGGACUGUCGAGUAUAAAGAGAUGAAAUAUACUGGGUAUUUCGCUCUAUGCGCCGCACUGAUGAGAGCCAAAGAUGAAGGUAUUGACGUUUGGAAACCGGAAGUGUACUCAAAACUGAGUGAACCAGAGUUGGCACGAAUUCUGCGCUCCUGCACAGAAACAGGACCACCUUUGUUGGCAGAAAGAGUGCAGUGCCUUCAAGAGAUUGGCCAAGUGAUAAUAUCUGAAUUUGAUGGCACAUUUGCCACUGUGAUCAACAAAUGCAACAACUCUGCUGCUCAGUUAUUGAAGCUCAUUGUGAAUUCCUUUCCCUGCUUCAGGGAUGAGGCUGUUUACAAAAACCAGAAAGUGGCAAUUUAUAAGAGAGCGCAAAUUCUGGUUGCUGAUGUCUGGUCUUGCUUUGAGGCGCAAGGACCUGGCCACUUUCCAGACAUUGAUGAAAUCACAAUGUUUGCCGAUUAUCGAGUUCCACAAAUGCUGAUCUACUAUGGCUGUCUUGAGUACUCCCCUGAACUCCAAGAAAAAAUUGAGAAAGGCACUGAACUGCCAUCUGGAAGUGAAGAGGAAGUGGAGAUUAGAGGCUGUUCCAUUGCCGUUGUAGACCGAGUCUACAAACAACUAGUGGCAAAAGGUGUUGCAAAAAAUCACUUAGUCAACCCUGUGCUGAUUGACCAAUGGCUGUGGACUGAGCGCAGAAAAAUAGCCAGUCAAGUGGAACACCUUGGGUAUCACAAAACAAGAACGAUUUUCUAUUAAUUAGAAAAAAUGGGCUUCUUUUGGGACCAGCAGAUUUCUUUGAUAGUAUAAUUUUGUGUACCUUUAUAAUGAAGAUAGAAGUUGAAUGCAUGUUGCCUUUCUACUUAAAUAAUGCACUUACUUGAAUCUUACUACAUGCUUCCAAGCGUUCCCAUUUUUUUCUUUUGAAAAGAUGUUCAUAUUUAAGGAAAAUCAUACAUUCCUCAAAGGAUUGAUUACUUACUACAAUUAAUAGAAUUUUAAUGUUUCUUUUUCCUUUUUAAUUGUAUUAUUUCUUGUCAAUAUUGUCUUGUGUGAUUUCAGCCUUGUCUGUUCAAUUAAAU